AUGGCCGCAAAACUUCAACGUCGGAUGGUAGCCAAGCUGUUCCGGGCUUGCGUAUUGAUGGCAGUAUUUUAUCUCGUUUUACGACUCCGUGAGACUACAACGUGGGCGACAAACAGGGCCAUUCUAUCCCCUCUUUGGAAACAGACUUCGACACUCAAGGAUUCUAUCCGCUCGGCGACGGGCUCCGGGGUAUCCAAAACACCAACCACGACAGACGCGAUACCAAGGAAGCUGUGGUACAAAAUCGGACCUGCAGGGUUGAAGAAGGAGCUCAAGCCAUGCGUCAAAUCUUGCCUCGAGAACCCAGACUACGAAUUCGAGUUCUUGACGGACGAGUCGGGCGACGACUUUGUCAAAGAGCACUACUCGUGGAAUCCAAAUCUAGUCAAGACCUUUCUCUCCAUCAACAUCCCCAUCAUCAAAGCGGACCUGCUGCGCUACCUCAUCCUCUACGAGAUGGGCGGCAUCUGGAUCGACCUGGACGUGUCCUGCGAGGCCCCCAUCAACGAAUGGAUCCCCGACCAGUACAGGUCUGCUGCCGCCACCGUCGUGGGGAUGGAGUUCGAUUCGGACAGGUGGCAGCGACAGCUCGCCACCUGGACCAUCAUGGCCAAGCCGAAACAGCCCCAUUUCUUGAUCGCAGUCGAAGGCUGCCUGGAAAACCUGGCCGCCGCUGCCAAAAGGCUUCACGUCCCGAUAUCCGAUCUGAAGCGCAACAUGAUCGACGACAUUAUCGACGUGUCGGGCCCGAGGCGGAUGACGAAGUCGAUUUAUCAAAGCCUGAGCAAAUCUCUCAACAGGGAGGUCGGGAAUAACGAUAUAGCCAACGUUACGGAACCGAGGCUUUUGGGCGAUGUUUUGAUAUUGCCUGACCACUCGUUUGCAGAUUCCAUGAACAUGUGGUGGGGAGACAAGGUGCCAGGGCGGAAGCUUGUAGUUCAUCAUUACGCAAGGUCGUGGAGAAAUGAAAAAGGGGGAGAAUAG